AAAUAGUUCCCCUAUUUUCCCGAACCCCUCUCUCUCUCUCUUGGUUUCUUGCACGUAUCGCCUGCGGUUUUCUCCGUUGGAGUCGUCGGGGAAUUCAAAGCAAAGAAAAAUGUUUUACGUGGAAAAUACAAUUCCCAGCACCGUUCGGUUCUUCCUGUGAUAGCCAACUCGCGAGCUUUUUAAAUACAUAUACAGCUUUCUCUCAUUAUUUAUCAGGCUGCGCGCGGCUUCAAUGGGGGAAGUGAUAUCAGAGGAAGCGGUGGUGUACCUUCACGGUGACCUCGAUCUGAAAAUCAUCGAGGCUAAAUGCUUGCCAAACAUGGACUUAGUCUCAGAGCGCAUGCGCCGAUUCUUCGUUACGUUCAGGACGUGCCACACGCAGUUCAACAGAAAGAAGCAGCAGCAGCAGCACCACUCGCACAACAAGAUCAUCACGAGCGAUCCUUACGUGACGGUGUGCCUCGCCGGAGCCACCGUGGCCCGCACGCGCGUGAUCUCCAACUCCCAAAGCCCCGCGUGGAACGAGCGCUUCAAGAUCCCCCUAGCACACCCGGUCUCCGAAGUCGAAUUCUACGUCAAAGACAACGACGUGUUCGGCGCCGAUUUAAUCGGCGUCGCCACCGUCUCCGCUCGCCGGAUCCUCUCCGGCGAAACAAUCAGCGAAUGGCUGCCGAUACUCAACUCGCUCGGCAAACCUCCGAAACCGGACGCAUCGCUCCUACUCGAAAUGAGGUUCACGAAAUGCGAGGACAAUCCGAUAUACCGCAUCGCGACCGAUCCGGACCAUUUCGGAGUCCGAAACUCCUACUUCCCGGCUCGGAAAGGCGGGUCGGUCACGCUCUACCAAGACGCGCACGUGCCGGAGUCGCUGUUGCCGGAGAUAAAGUUGGACGGCGGGAAGGUUUUUCAGCACGAUAGGUGUUGGGAAGAUAUAUGUCACGCUAUAUUGGAGGCGCAUCACUUGGUUUACAUAGUCGGUUGGUCCGUUUUCCAUAAGGUGAAAUUAGUUAGAGAACCAACUAGGCCUUUGCCUUGUGGUGGUGAGUUGAGUUUGGGGGAUUUGCUCAAGUACAAGUCUCAAGAAGGUGUGAGAGUUUUGCUUUUGGUUUGGGACGACAAAACUUCCCACAGCAAAUUCUUCAUUAACACGAAUGGAGUGAUGGCAACUCAUGAUGAAGAAACUCGCAAGUUUUUCAAGCACUCUUCGGUUACAUGUGUGCUCUCACCUAGAUAUGCCAGCAGUAAGCUUAGCAUUUUCAAACAACAGGUCGUUGGAACCCUUUUUACGCAUCAUCAGAAAUGUGUGAUUGUGGAUACACAAGCGUCUGGAAAUAACAGGAAGAUUACUUCUUUUAUAGGAGGUCUAGACCUUUGCGAUGGCCGCUAUGAUACUCCUGAGCAUCGACUAUUUCGUGAUCUGGACACUGUAUAUGAGAAUGAUUAUCACAACCCAACAUUUUCUGCGGGGACUAAGGGUCCAAGGCAACCAUGGCAUGAUUUACAUUGUAAAAUUGAAGGGCCUGCUGCAUAUGAUGUGCUCACUAAUUUUGAGCAGCGUUGGAGAAAGGCAACAAAAUGGUCAGAGUUGUCGCAGCGGUUCAAAAGGGUAUCUCAUUGGCAUGAUGAUUCCUUAAUAAAGAUAGAACGGAUCUCGUGGAUACUUAGUCCAUCCAAAUCAAUUCCAAACGAUGACCCUAUAAUAUGUGUUUCCAAGGAAGAUGAUCCUGAAAACUGGCAUGUUCAGGUUUUCCGCUCAAUUGAUUCAGGGUCUUUGAAAGGAUUUCCUAAAACUGCAUAUGAUGCUGAAGCUCAGAAUCUUGUUUGUGCAAAGAAUUUGGUUAUAGACAAGAGCAUCCAAACAGCAUACAUCCAGGCAAUCAGAUCUGCUCAACAUUUUAUAUAUAUUGAGAACCAAUAUUUUCUUGGAUCUUCAUAUGCAUGGCCAAAUUACAAAGAUGCAGGUGCUGAUAAUUUAAUUCCAAUGGAGCUGGCAUUAAAGAUUGCUAGUAAGAUUCGAGUGAAGGAGAAAUUUGCAGUUUACAUUGUCAUACCUAUGUGGCCUGAGGGUGUUCCCUCAUCUGCCUCUGUGCAAGAAAUUCUCUUUUGGCAGGCGCAGACAAUGCAAAUGAUGUAUGAAAUCAUAGCAGGAGAGUUGAAAUCCAUGCAUCUUGAGAGUUCACAUCCCCGAGACUACCUCAAUUUCUAUUGUCUUGGUAAUCGAGAAGAACUACCGAAAGAAGCCUCACCUUCACCGAAUCAAUCAUCCAAGAAUGGAGAUACGGUUUCUGCCUCACAAAAGUUCCAACGGUUUAUGAUUUAUGUACACGCCAAGGGAAUGAUUGUAGAUGAUGAGUAUGUGAUAUUAGGUUCUGCCAAUAUUAAUCAACGAUCUUUGGCUGGUUCAAGAGACACUGAGAUAGCCAUGGGUGCAUAUCAACCCCAUCAUACCUGGGGCAAGAAGAAGGGUCAUCCACAUGGGCAGGUAUAUGGGUAUAGAAUGUCUUUGUGGGCAGAACAUCUGGGGAUGCUAGAUGAUUGCUUCAAGGAGCCUGAAAAUUUGGAUUGCGUGAAGAGUGUGAACCAGAUUGCUGAAGAUAACUGGAGGAAUUUCACAGCAGAGGAUUUUACACCAUUGCAGGGGCACCUUCUUAGAUACCCUGUCCAGGUAGAUGCCAAUGGGAAGGUAGGCCCCUUGCCCGGACAAGAGACUUUCCCAGAUGUUGGCGGUAAGGUGAUUGGAUCCCGUACUAAUCUUCCUGAUGCUUUAACUACAUAGGUUCACAAUUUUAUCUUUGUCGUUUUGUUCAUAUUAUAAUCGUGCAUUUACGUGGGCAUAGAAGAGGGUAAAAAAUGGUUUAAAGACAAUGAGCCUUGCUGAGUUGAAUUUAGGAUAGCUCAUAAUCUGACACGAACGUUGUGGAGGAUGCAAUUUGUUUUGCAGUGUAAUCUGUAGAAUACUAGAAUGUAUAUCAUCAAUUCAUUUCUUAUUUUUCAGUUAA